UUUUCUCUCUCCAAUUUCCAAAUCAGCCAUUUUGAUCUCUCUCUCUCUCUCUCCUCUCUUCUCCUUCCCCCUCUCUCUUUUUUUAUUUUUUAUUUUUCCAUCUUUUUUCCCUUUCUAUCUAUCCAUGUGUGUAUCGUCUUGCACAGCAAUAACCAUUCAAAACCCUAAUUUGACACACACUCCACUCUUCAGGGAAAAUUGAAAGAGGAAUUUUUUCUUUCUCUCUUUUUUUUCUUUUUUUUCUUUUUGUGUUUUUGAAAAUUGUUUUCUGAGAAAUCAAAGGGUUCGGAUAUAUGUCCGUCAAUCAAUCAAAGUCCGAUAAGAGCGACGCCGUGUACCGAAAAUCCGGUCGAUCCUCGAGCUUCAAUCAGCAGCGAGGUUCCUACGGCAGAGGCGGAGGCGGCGGUGGCGGAGGGCCCGCGCCGUCGAGCACCUCGGCUUCAUCACUCUCCACUAGCCGGAGUUUUAACAAGAGGUCUAAUAAUGCACAAGGUGGGCAAUCUAGGGUAAACCCUUCCCAGGUGAAUACAAAUGAGUCUAAUAUUGCUUCUUCUGCCCGGACCAAUCAGAAUGGUACCCGUGUACAGCCGCAAUCACAUGGAACAUCUGAUGGGCCUGUUACAAAACCAUCUGAAUCAUCAGCUACACAGAGGAGUGCUAGAGUUGUUCCAAAAGCUCCAACUUCUCAACUGCCCCCCAUGAGAUCUGAUUCAGCUGCUCCUACAAGCCCUGCUAAGGUAGAUGCAUCUAAGGCAUUCCCUUUUCAAUUUGGAUCCAUAAUUCCUGGCUUGAUGAAUGGCAUGGCAAUUCCUGCUCGUACGAGCUCAGCUCCUCCUAAUAUAGAUGAGCAGAAGCGUGAUCAGGCUCGUCACGACUCUUAUAAAUCUGUGCCUUCAGUGCCAACACCUGUUCCAAAGCAGCAGCAACCACCUAGGAACGAUGCAGGUGUCACUGAACAAUCUAAUGCCAGGGAGACUCAUAUAGGGACUAAGGCAAAAAAGGAUCCUCAGCUGUCAACUUUGACCCCGGCAAGCCAGAUGCAGAAGCCUUCUGUUGUUCCUGUAACUGGAAUUUCAAUGGCAACGGCAUAUCACCAGUCACAGGCAUCUUUACAGUUUGCUGGUCCUAAUCCACAGAUCCAAUCUCAGGGUGUGUCAACGACAUCCCUCCAGGUGCCUAUACCAGUGCCUUUUCCAAUUGGAAAUGCUGCACACGUUCAACAGCCGGUUUUUGUUCCAGGUCUUCAACCUCUUCCAAUGCAUCCUCAGGGGAUCAUGCAUCAAGGCCAAAACAUGAGUUUCACUUCUCAAAUGGGUCAUCAGUUGUCCAAUCAAUUAGGCAACAUGGGCAUUGGCAUUAGCCCCCAAUAUCCCCAGCAGCAAGGUGGAAAAUUUGCUGGUCCGCGAAAAACUACUACUGUGAAGAUAACUCAUCCUGAGACGCAUGAAGAACUGAGGCUUGAUAAUAGGGCAGAUGCAUAUUCAGAUGGUGGGUCAUCUGGUGCUAGGUCACAUCUGAACAUACCUUCUCCAUCUCAACCUGUUAAAUCUUUUGCGCCUUCCCAUCCUAUGAACUAUUAUCCACCCAGCUCAUAUAAUACCAAUUCUCUCUAUUUUCCAGCUUCUAGUUCUCUUCCGUUAACAAGUAGCCAGAUAACACCUAAUUCUCAGCCACCAAUAUUUAAUUAUCCUGCGAACCAUGGUCCGCAAAAUGUGGGUUUCAUGAAUUCACAAUCACUUGGUUCCCUACCAGUUAAUAAAACUAUUAUUCCUGGCAUUGUUGAACCACCUAUUCCUGAACAUUCCAAUGACGUGCCUAAUGUGAAGUCAACAGGUACUUUGGGGGUAGCUUCCGUGACUAUUAGGCCAAGUGGUGUGUCUGCUGUGGUGGACCCAUUAUUGUCCAAUCCUGGUAUUUCUGGUGGUCAAAAUAAAGAAUCCCCUAGUUCAGCACCAUCUUGUGAUGCUAGCUCCUCUGUGCCACAAAAAGGGGCUGAAACUUGUUCAGAAAUCCCUUCACAACAGUCUAAGUUGCCCAGUGAUUCUUUAGUUUUGAGUUCAUUGUCAAAACAAUCUGCUACUGUAACUGCUGAGAAGCUUACUGCUACUCCCUUGAUGAUGCCUUCGUCAGCUGUGAGCGAGGAUUCUGUCUCAGUCGUGUCUAAUAAUGAAGGCAGAAGGAUUGAAUCUCUUAGAAGUUCCAGCUCUUUGAAGGAUAAUCAGAAGAAACCAGGGAAGAAAGGUCAAUCACAGCAUGAGGUCUCUUUACAGUCUCCUACAGUAGCUAAUAUGCCUUCUCGAGCUGUUGACUGUGGUAUACCUGAUACUGGAGUUUCUGAACCUGUAGGAGGUAAAACAAACCAUUCUGAGGCAAUUAACACUGAAGAUCUUCCAACAUGUGACACAAUACCUAGUAGCAUUUCUAGUGGUAUUGAAGUGAAAACCAACUGCUAUGCUGAAGUUUCUGCUUGUGUUUCAGCUGAACGAUCUUGUGGUGAAGCUGCUGAUAAUUUGAAAAAUCAUAGGCAUGAUAAGUUGGAUGAAUCAUCCGAAGGUAAACUAUUAAGGUGUUAUGAUAAAUAUGAUGAACCAAAUAUUAAAUCUGGUGGAACAGAAUUUAAGCAAACAGAAAAAGAUGCUGCAAAUGUAAACGCUGAGGUGUUAAACUUGAAAGCUGUACAGAAAGAACAGGAUGAAUCUGCAACUUGUAUUGCAGAAUGUGACAUAACAGAUCUGAAGUCUGCUGAUCCUCCAGAAACAACUUCAAAGUACGUCAUGGACAAUUCUGAGAAUGCUGGCGAUGACUCAGUGUCUCUUUCAGUGUCAGGUACCAACGAUAGACCAAUUUUAGAACCAAAUAAGAUGAAAACUACAUCUAAAGGGAGGAAGAAAAGAAAAGAGAUUCUUCAAAAAGCAGAUGCCGCUGGGUCUACUUCUGAUCUUUAUAAUGCCUACAAGGGACCCGAUGAAAAGAAAGAAGCUGUCUUGAGUUCAGAGAGCUCAGAAAGUGCUUCUACUUCCGGAAGUUUGAAGCAUUUGCCCGCAGAUGCUGCUCAGCCGGAUGCUAUAACAAGUGAGGAUUGUGGACAAAGUAAAGCUGAACCCGACGACUGGGAGGAUGCUGCUGAUAUGUCUACACCAAAACUGGUAGUUGCUGAUAAAUCUCAACAGGUCAGUGAUGGAGAUGGAGGCACAGCCAAAAAGUAUUCUCGUGAUUUCCUUUUGAAAUUUGCAGAGCAAUACACUGAUCUUCCUGAAGGUUUUGAAAUUGUGGCAGAAGUAACUGAGGCUUUGAUGAGCACUAGUAUUAAUAGUUCUCAUGUAAUUGAGCGUGAUACACAGCCUAGUCCUGGAAGAAAUCUAGAUAGGGCAGGUGGGAUGUCUCGGAUAGAUCGCCGUGGGAAUGGUGUGACUGAGGAAGACAGGUGGAAUAAAGUUUCUAAUGCAUUUUAUUCUGGACGUGGUUUGGAUGGUAUUGGAGGUAAUGCGGGAUUUCGAUCUGGCCAAGGAGGAAAUUUUGGGGUUUUAAGGAACCCUCGUCUACAGACACCUGUUCAAUAUGCUGGAGGGAUCCUUUCUGGCCCAAUGCAAUCUGUGGGAAAUCAGGGUGGAAUGCAAAGAAAUAGCCCCGAUGGGGAGAGGUGGCAGCGUGCUUCUAGCUUCCAGCAGAGGGGUUUAAUUCCUUCUCCUACUCCUCAAACUCCUUUACAAUCGAUGCACAAAGCUGAGAAGAAGUAUGAAGUGGGUAAAGCGGCAGAUGUGGAAGAGGUAAAGCAGAGGCAGUUGAAAGCCAUCUUGAACAAACUAACUCCCCAGAAUUUUGAUAGACUUUUUGAACAGGUAAAAGCAGUUAAUAUUGACAAUGCAGUCACUCUCACUGGUGUCAUCUCACAAAUUUUUGAGAAGGCUCUGAUGGAGCCUACCUUCUGUGAAAUGUAUGCCAACUUCUGUUUACAUCUGGCUUCUGAGUUGCCUGAUUUCAGCGAGGACAAUGAAAAGAUAACUUUUAAAAGGUUAUUAUUAAACAAGUGUCAGGAGGAAUUUGAGAGGGGUGAAAGAGAACAAGAAGAAGCAAAUAAGGUUGAUGAGGGUGAGGUCAAGCAGUCUAAUGAAGAAAGGGAACAGAGAAGAGUCAAGGCAAGAAGACGCAUGUUGGGUAACAUCAGAUUGAUUGGAGAACUAUAUAAGAAGAGAAUGUUGACAGAGAGGAUAAUGCAUGAGUGCAUCAAGAAGUUACUGGGUCAGUAUCAGGAUCCUGAUGAGGAAGAUAUUGAAGCUUUGUGCAAGCUGAUGAGUACUAUCGGGGAGAUGAUUGACCAUCCCAAAGCCAAAGUACAUAUUGAUGCAUAUUUUGAAAGGAUGAAAUUAUUAUCAAACAACAUGAAUUUAUCUUCUAGGGUGAGGUUCAUGUUGAAGGAUGCCAUUGAUUUAAGAAAGAAUAAAUGGCAACAAAGGAGGAAAGUUGAAGGUCCUAAGAAGAUUGAGGAGGUACACAGAGAUGCUGCACACGAGAGGCAGGCCCAAGCUGGUAGGCUGGGUCGUGGUCCAGGCAACAAUCAGUCUGCUAGAAGGAACCCCAUGGAUUUUGGUCCAAGAGGGUCAUCUAUGUUGUCUUCUCCUAAUUCUCAGAUGGGAGGACUGCGUGGGCUGCCUAAUCAAGUUCGUGGGUAUGGUGGUUAUCAGGAUGCUCGUUUUGAGGAAAGGCAAUCUUAUGAGGCUCGGACCUUAUCAGUUCCUUUGCCUCAAAGAUCCUUAGGUGAUGAUUCUAUAACCUUGGGACCUCAAGGUGGUCUUGCUAGGGGAAUGUCCAUUAGAGGAUCAACAGCAAUUUCUAAUUUGCCGAUAUCUGAUGUGCUUUCUGUCCCUGGAGAUUCUCAUAGAAUGACUACUGGUCUUAAUGGUUAUAGCAAUACAUCAGAGCGCUUACCAUAUAACUCAAGGGAUGAUCUUGCAUCAAGAUAUAUAACGGAUAGGUUUUCAGGUUCAGCUGCUUAUGAUCAAUCAAGUGCUCCAGAGCGUAAUAUAAACUAUGGUAACAGAGACUUGAGGAAUUCAGAUCGGAAUCUUGACAGAUCUGUUGCAACUUCACCUCCUGCUCAAUUGCAAGGGUCAAUAGUCUCCCAGAAUGCUUCUUCAGAGAAGGUUUGGCCAGAAGAACGACUGCGGGACAUGUCCAUGUCAGCAAUCAGAGAAUACUACAGUGCUAGAGAUGAGAAAGAAGUUGCUUUAUGUGUCAGAGAUUUGAACUCUCCAAGCUAUCAUCCUUCCAUGGUUUCACUCUGGGUCACAGACUCAUUUGAGAAAAAGGACAUAGAGAGAGAUCUUUUAGCCAAACUGCUUGUCAACCUUGUGAAAUCUCAGGAUGGCACCUUGACUCAAGCUCAGCUCAUCAAAGGGUUUGAAUCUGUUCUUAGUACAUUGGAAGAUGCUGUUAAUGAUGCCCCCAGAGCAGCAGAGUUUCUUGGCCGUAUUUUUGCAAAAGUCGUAACAGAGAGUGUAGUCACAUUGAAUGAUAUUGGCAAGUUAAUACAUGAUGGUGGAGAGGAACCUGGGAGUCUCUUAGAAGCUGGACUUGCAGGUGAUGUUCUUGGAAGCAUUUUGGAGGUAAUAAAAUCUGAGAAAGGUGAUGUGAUUCUAAAUGAGAUUCGUUCAAGCUCUAACUUGAGGUUGGAGACUUUCCGGCCUCCUAAUCCCAUGACAUCAAGGAAGUUGGAGAAUUUUAUUUAGAUGAUAGUGGUGAUGCUCAUUGUAUGCUUUUUACAUAGAGGGGUGGCAAAAGUUAUUAGUUUUAGUGCUUCCGGGGUUACUCAAUUUGCAUAGAGAUUUUUUCUCCGUGAGAUGGGUUGGGUAGAAAAUUUUAUAUAUGGAAUUUCUUUGUCUUGUUAUUAUUUCUCUGACAUCUUCACUACAAUUGUAAAAGGUUCACUUGAGAGCAUCAGAAAUUUUAGGCUGAAUUAUUAUGUCUGCUUGAUGAUGGCCUCUGCAUAAUUUCGUUGUAGAUGUAAAAAGUUUCA